GUGAGCAUUUCCACCAUCGAUUUGCCACCUUUAUGAGAGAGGUCAUUAGGCACAAAAACAGUCCUUUCGGCCUGGUCGAGCACUUCUUUCAGAGAUUGGUAUACCAGAUGAGAGGUGCACAUGUUCACAUGAGACUGUGGAUUAAAGGUGGCCCGUUUAUGGACAGAGACUACAACCUUCAUGUUGCGUGUGCUCUGUAUUGGCCAGUUAAUUAGGCAGCCGCUGUCAGGGGAGGUAACUGCACCUAUAGAGGCCCCUUUUCCCUAGACCGGAAGUGGUUGAAUAAGAGUAAUGUAGGCGGAGUAUGUAUGCGCUAGGAGGGCACAGAUGAAUGAAACAUGGCAAACCAGUUGUAUGGAUAACUGAAAAAAAAAAAAAAACACAAUGCCAGUAGGUACAAGGGAAAACGUUCAGCAAAGAAAGGUGUCCAAUCAAAUAGAACAAAGUAUAUCGCCUAUAUGGGCGAUCUUUCGGUACGAGUCCUAAAUAUCGGCCUUUUCCCUGUUUCUCUCCAACACUUUUUACGGAAAAGGCCGAUCUUUGGUAAAGAUCGCCAAAGACACUUUUUACAGAAAAGGCCGAUAUUUAGGACUCGUACCAAAAGAUCGCCAAAAUGGCCUUUAUCAAGGGUCAAAUAUAGAUUACCCAUUCUUUGGCUACCAACCUCUCACCUAACAUUCACCUCUCACCUAACAUUCACCUAACUUUAUGAAAUAUAAUAUCGAAAUAGCCAUUGGCAAUGCACAGCGAUAUGAAAAUAUUUUUGAAUUCUAUAAAGUGGUCGCAGAGUUACUUCCCCUGUUUGAUGUUAGGUUCUCCCGUUUAAAUCCUUUAGCUUUGGUUUUCAGCAGAUACGCUAUUGAAUUAUACACACACUCUGCAUGGUAAUUAACAAUACAAACAUAGUAGUGUUAAUGGAAAGAGUAUUAUUUACAAAAAAAUAACGGUUCAUCGUAAACGCUCUGCUGAAGCUGUCAAUGUUAUUUUGGAUUUUCAAGUCUCAACAUCUGAGAACAUUUUCAAUAUUUCGCAUGUGAACUGCUUUUUAUAGUAUCUAGUGACAUUGAUAUAAGAAUUGUUUGCCUAGAAUACAGCAAGUAAUUUGUGAAGAAUCUUAGAAGACUAAAGAAUGGUGUUGUGAAGAUGAGAUGUGACUACAUAUAACCUUGAUCAAAUUGCUGUGAAGUCAAUAUAAGGAGUUUUUACCCGAGACUUUUUUCACAAAGCUACAAAACUUCAUUAAUUUAUGUGUAAUGCUUUUGAUGUAUGGAUAUAUAUUUGGAGCUUAUUUGGAUCAGCUGUUAUUUAUUUCAAGUUAUGCAAUUGAGCCUUUGAUAUCUGUCAAAAUAGCUUUUUUAAUGUAACUGUUAGCUUUAAGAAACUACCAUGAAAGAGUUAUUUUUGUUUUGCUAUACAAACUUUGUUAAAUGUUUCUAUUUCAUUUAAGAAGAAAUAGCUUCAAUAUUUCACUGGGAAAUUCUAUGGAAUUUGUUUCUUUUUUUUUUUUAGACAUUGCAAAAUAAGAAUUAUCAUUGUAUUUUUAGUACAUUGGAACAAAUAAUGGAAGAGAGAUUGUGUGAGGGUCAGGAUUAUGGAGAGACACUGCUUGAAACUAGUGAUUUAUCUCAUCAGAUACAAGUAGAUACAGAAAAGUCAUACACCUAUAACACCUUUGGAGAGACUUUCAUCAAAAGUAGUGACAUCAUUGAACAUAAAUUACAUCACACAAUUUCAAAACUCUACCUUUGUGAUGUUUGUGGGAAAAGAUUCACUACAAACAGUUCUUUAUCUUUACAUAAACGUACUCAUACAGGUGAGAAACCAUACAAUUGUAAUAUUUGUGGUAAAACGUUCUCUUAUAGUGGUAUUCUAACAUGCCAUAAACGAAUUCAUACAGGUGAGAAACCAUACCAUUGUGACAAGUGUGGAAAAACAUUUGCUCGGAAUGAUCAUUUAACCAUUCACAAACGCGUUCAUGCUGAUGAGAAACCAUACCAUUGUGAUAUCUGUGGAAAAACAUUUUCUCAUGAUAGUCACUUAACUAUUCACAAGCAUGUACACACUAGUGAAAAACCAUACAAUUGUGAUAUUUGUGGUAAAACAUUUCCUUACAGGGGUAAAUUGACAAGCCACAAACGUAUCCACAGUGGUGAGAAACCAUACCAUUGUGAUACUUGUGGUAAAACAUUUUCACACAAUGGUGACUUGACUGUUCACAAACGAGUUCACACAGGUGAAAAACCAUACCAUUGUGAUGUCUGUGAUGAAACGUUUUAUCGGAGUAGUAAGUUAACUGUUCACAAACGUGUUCACACAGGAGAAAAACCAUAUCACUGUGAUAUCUGUGGUAAAACAUUCUCUGACAAUAGAGAUUUAACUCGUCAUAUCCGUAUUCACACAGGGGAAAAACCAUACCACUGUGAUAUUUGUGGUAAAACAUUCUCUCAGAAUGGUAGCUUAAAUAUUCAUCAACGUGUUCACACAGGUGAGAAACCGUACCACUGUGAUAUCUGUGAUAAAACAUUCUCCCAUAACGGUAGUUUAACUGUUCACAAACGAAUACACACCGGAGAGAAACCAUAUAGCUGUUAUAUCUGCAGUAAAACAUUCUCUGAUAAUCGAGAUUUAACUCGUCAUAUCCGCAUUCACACAGGUGAAAAACCAUACAACUGUAAUAUUUGUGGUAAAACAUUCUCUCAGAAUAGUAAUUUAACUAUUCACAAACGUGCUUGUGUAAAUGACAAAUCACAUCACUGAGAUAUUUUGGGGUAAAACAGCCAUGUGUGAAACUCCAUCACUCUUUAAUCUCUUUACAAACAUUGUUACAAAAUGAUGGACUUUUGUGUUGAUUUCAACAUAUGAGCAUCCAGUUGUUUGAUCAACUGGAUAACCUACUCAUUGAAAUGGUGCACAAAGAGACUGAAUAUUCCCAUGCCUGCAUCCAUUACAAAAUAAUCCUCAAUGAGUGCACAUUAGGAUUAUUGUUGGAGAAUAUUCACUUAGGUAUUUUUUAUAAACUUUUGUUGUAAAAUAUUUUUGGAUAAGGCUGUGAUUAUCUACAACUUAUAUGUCUAUAAUAAUGAGUUAAUAAUGUUAACAUGCUGUAUGUUUAUUGUUGUUUACUAUUAAUAUAAUUUAAUUGAUAAUUAUUUUAUUUAUUGUAAUCUAAGUGUUUUCUUGUUACUGUUCUCCUUUUUUGUUCCUUCAACUUUGCUGUAACCCAUUUAAAAAAAAUUAUAUAUAAUAAAUAAUGACAACAAAUUAAA